AUGGCAGCAACCGGUGGUUCCAGCGCGUCGGCGACACAGUACGACGUGUUCCUGAGUUUCAGAGGCCCCGACACUCGCGACACCUUCACCGACUACCUCUAUCGGACCAUGGUCGGCCAGGGGAUCGUCGCUUACAGAGACAGCGAAGAGCUUCACGCUGUGACGGAGCUCCAUGAAUCGACUGGGAAGCCGGAGAUCCUACCCAUCUUCUUUGAUGUCACGCCCACCGACGUCAAGCUCAGGACGGAACUCUACCGGAAGGAGUUGGACAAGCAUGAGCAGAGGCACGAAGCCGAGAUCAGGCAACGGUGGGAGGCGGCUCUGGGUAAAGUGGCUGAGAUCAAGGGAUGGGAAGUCCAAGGGAAAGCGGGACUCCCAUUGGCUCUUGAAGUCAUAGGUUCCUAUCUUCAUGACCAAAAGGAGGAAAUAUGGAAAGAAAUGCUAGAAAUGUUGAAGAACGUACCUCAUGAUGAAGUCCAGGGUAAGUUGAAGAUAAGUUAUGAUGCAUUAGGAGAUGCGGAAAAAGAAGUUUUCUUGAUAUUGCAUGCUUCUUCAUAUAUGGAAAGAAAUUAUGGGCAACUUAUUUCUGGGAUGCUUGCUGUCUUUACCCCCAUAACUCAUUAAAAAAACUUACUGAUUUGUGUCUAAUUAAAAUCGUUGGCGAUGAUGCUAUAUGGAUGCAUGAUCAACUGAGAGACCUCGGAAGAGACAUUGUUCGAAAAGAAUGUACCCUUAAUAGGUUGUGGAAUGACAAAGAAGCUCUCGAAGUAAUGAGAUCAAAAAA